GUUUUGAACAAAAUGACAUACGACGAUUGGUAUCUUCAUAAUAGUGUGAUUUGGUGAGCAGCAAAGCAAGUAUAGCAGUUAAACCGUGAAAAAAAGUUUAUUAAAUUUCACAUUAAAGGGUAAUAAUUUGUAUGAUUAACGAUAAAUAUUUAGAAACAAAUUUAUCGGUUAUUAAAAGUAACUUACAUAACGUGUGGUUACUUGAAUAAAAAUAAUGAUGGUUUUGUCUGCUAUCAAUGGCAUUGGGAGGAGGGCGGCUAUGUGUGCUGUCUUAAAGCAAAUAAGUAAGAGUACUGCUGCUGCCAAUGCAUGUUACCAAUACCGAAAUGCUGCAACAUGGUAUCCUGAUCCUGAAUUUUUCAAGCAGUUCAGUGGCCCCGUAAUGUACCCGAACGAAGCCACUGCCGCGCUGAAGCUACCUCCCUGGAACAGUCAAAUGUCGCCAGUGGAGAAAACUGUUCGUAACUUAACACUAAAUUUUGGACCCCAACAUCCAGCCGCUCAUGGUGUGUUACGUUUGGUAUUAGAACUCGAUGGUGAAUCCGUUGUACGAGCUGAUCCACAUAUCGGUUUAUUGCACCGAGGAACUGAAAAAUUAAUCGAAUACAAAACUUACACUCAGGCCUUGCCGUACUUUGAUAGAUUGGACUAUGUGUCAAUGAUGUGCAAUGAGCAAUGUUACUCACUAGCAGUAGAAAAACUUCUAAACAUCGAAGUUCCUUUGCGGGCAAAAUACAUUAGGACUCUGUUUGCUGAGAUUACACGUAUUCUUAAUCAUAUUAUGGCUGUGGGUACUCAUGCUCUUGACAUUGGAGCAUUAACUCCUUUCUUUUGGCUAUUCGAAGAACGUGAGAAGAUGAUGGAAUUUUACGAACGCGUUUCAGGCGCUCGUAUGCAUGCAGCUUAUAUUCGCCCAGGAGGUGUGUCCCUUGAUAUGCCAAUUGGACUUAUGGAUGAUAUAUACGAGUUCGCCUCCAAGUUUGGAGAACGUUUAGAUGAAGUUGAAGAUGUACUAACUACUAACCGUAUCUGGGUGCAGCGUACUGAAGACAUUGGUGUUGUAAGUGCUGAAGAUGCUUUGAACUACGGGUUCAGUGGCGUUAUGCUUCGUGGAUCUGGUAUUAAAUGGGAUUUGCGUAAACAACAACCUUACGAUGCCUAUGAUCUUGUUGAAUUUGAUGUACCCAUUGGCAGCAAAGGCGAUUGUUAUGAUCGAUACCUGUGCCGAGUUGAAGAAAUGCGACAAUCUUUACGUAUCAUCAAUCAGUGUUUGAACCAAAUGCCAGCUGGUGAAAUCAAGACGGAUGACGCUAAAGUCACACCUCCCUCCCGAGCUGAGAUGAAAACUUCAAUGGAAGCCCUUAUUCAUCAUUUUAAGUUGUUCACUCAGGGAUAUCAAGUGCCACCUGGAGCCACAUAUACCGCCAUAGAAGCGCCAAAAGGUGAAUUUGGAGUAUAUUUGGUUGCUGAUGGGUCAAGUCGUCCUUAUCGUUGCAAGAUAAAAGCUCCCGGAUUCGCUCAUUUAGCUGCUUUGGAUAAGAUUGGUAAAAGGCACAUGUUGGCCGAUAUUGUGGCUAUAAUCGGAACUCUUGACGUUGUAUUUGGAGAGAUUGAUCGGUAAAUUACUGUGAAAACAAUUGAUUGUUAUUAAUAAAUCAAGUUAUUGAUUAUUUACUUAAAUAACCAUAAGCCUUUGAUUACCGAGUUUAUUCUUGGGUAUUAUAAAUCAUAGAUGGGAAAUAA